AGAUAAAAAAGUGUUGUGGAAGUGUUAGUUAAGCUAUGUUGACAAGUUUGUUAGGUUAGGUUUUUCUGAGUGCGUUUAUAUAAAACAUUUUGAUAUCAAAAUGUUAGUUAAUGUAACUACAAAAAUUCGUAAUUGUUCGUGUUUAUCAAGAAUUUAUUCCACCGUUGCAUUAUCAACAACAGAAAAAACAAAUAUCGAACCGAGAGUAAUAGCCUUUCCUCCAAAAUAUCAAGAUACUCGUCAGAUUUGGUUAGAAAGUUUGGAUACAAUAGAUCGAAGAAAAUUAGGACUUUUGGAAUUACAUCCUUCGGUUUUUGCCACAAAUCCCAGAAUAGAUAUAAUUAAUCAAAAUAUUAGAUGGCAGUCUCUGUAUAGAUAUGUGAGUUAUGCUCAUACAAAAUCAAGAUUCGAAGUACGAGGUGGCGGAAGAAAACCUUGGCCCCAAAAAGGUUUGGGUAAAGCAAGACAUGGGUCAAUCAGAAGUCCACUUUUCAAAGGUGGUGGAGUUAUUCAUGGUCCAAAAUCUCCUACUCCACACUUUUAUAUGCUUCCAUUUUAUACUCGUUUGCAUGGAUUAACAAGUGCACUUUCUAUUAAAUUUGCACAAGAUGAUUUAUGCCUUGUCGAUAAUUUAGAAUUGCCUACGGAAGAACAAGGUUAUUUAGAUGAAUUAGUCAAAAGUCGUCUAUGGGGCCCAUCAGUUUUAUUUGUGGAUGUGGAUGAUGUGAUGCCAAGGAAUAUAACAAUCGCAACAGACGGAGUUAAACAUUUUAAUUUGAUGCCAUCUUAUGGUUUAAAUGUUUAUUCUAUGUUAAAACAUGAUACAUUAGUUUUAACCAGAGCAGCAGUUGAUCACAUAGAAAAUAAAAUUCUAGAACAUUUACAUAAGAAUGAUACCAGAGCAGUUAUGGAUAAAUAUAAAAUCGAUCAAUGUUAGAAUUGUUUUAUUUCAUUAAUUAAUAAAUGUUUAUUAGAA